UCCCUAUGGAGCAGAGGCUGGCGCAGUUCCGAGCCGCGCGCCGCGCCCCGCAGCCCACGGCGGCCCCGGCGAGCGAGCAGCGAGCGGGGCCGGACGCAGGCCGCGGCCCGCGGGACCGCCCCGCCCAGGAGGAGACGCGCAGGCCGGGAUCCCCGCAGGACGUGGCUGCCGGUGCCCCCGCCCCCGCCCCGUGGGGCGCCCGGGCUCUCCUGAGCCACGUGGCCUUGCUGAAGUUCCUGCUCUGGCUGGUGCUGCUGGGGCUCGCCGCGGAGCUGCAGUUCGGGCUGCCCUGCUUCGUCCUGUCGCUGUUCUACUGGCUCCACGCCGGCAUGCGCGGCCCCGGCGAGAGGCGGCCGGGGGAGCGAAGCGCCUACUCCGUCUUCAACCCGGGCUGCCAGGCCAUCCAGGGCGCGCUCACCGCGGAGCAGCUGGAGCGCGAGUUACACUACGGACCCGCCGCCGGGCGGUAGCGGCUGCGCCAGGGCUCUGUGUGCGCGCCUCUCCUCCGGGAGCCGGUGCCGCCUUGCGCUGCGCUGGCUGCGCUGCCGGGCCUCAGGCGCACCCCUCAGGUGUGGACUAAAUCCUCGUCUCACUGCCAAACGAAG